GGGCUCGGUGAGAUGGGGAUGGUGAAGCCCCGGUGAGUGUUGGGGUGCUGGGGGGGUGAAGUGGGGGACACACACACACAAAACGGGUGUUUCCGUGGGGUGGAAAAGCAGCACCAUGCCCAGGAACAGGGCAUUUUCGGAGCCGGAGUGUUCGGCCGAAUACUCGGCCGACUACUCGGUGAGCCUGCCCUCGGACCCCGAGCACGGCGUGGGGCGGACCCACGAGGUGACGGUGAGGAGCUCGGGGCCUUGCCUCUGCCUGCCCCGUUUCAUGCGCCUCACCUUCGCUCCCGAGUCCUUGGAGAACCUCUACCAGACCUACUUCCGCCGCCAACGCCACGAGACCCUCUUGGUGCUGGUGGUCUUCGCCGCCCUCUUCGACUGCUACGUCCUCCUCAUGUGCGCCGUGGUCUACGCCGCCGACAAGCUGCCCCCGGUGCUGGCGGCCACGGCCGGGCUGGUGGCCCACGUGCUGCUCUUCAUCCUCUGCAAGUACCGGCUGCUCCCCGAGAGGGUGACCCGGAGGUUCCUGCCCUACAUCCUUUGGGUCCUCAUCUUGGCCCAGGUCUUCUGCUACUUGGGGCUCAACUUCUCCCGCUCGCCCGAGGCCGGGGACACGGUGGGCUGGCAGGCUUUCUUCGUCUUCUCCUUCUUCAUCACCUUGCCCCUGCGCUUGGCCCCCAUCGUGCUCAUCACCGCCGUCUCCUGCGGCAUCCACACCUUGGUGCUCGGUGUCACCGUCGCCCAGCAGAGACAGGACACCCUGGAUGAGGGCACGUUGAUGAGACAGAUCCUGUCCAACGUUGCCAUCUACCUUUGUGCCAUCACGGUGGGCACCAUGUCCUACUACAUGGCCGACCGCAAGCACCGCAAAGCCUUCCUCGAAGCGCGCCAGUCCCUGGAGGUCAAGCUCAACCUGGAGGAGCAGAGCCAGCAGCAGGAGCGGUUGAUGCUCUCCAUCCUGCCCAAGCACGUGGCUGACGAGAUGCUGAAGGACAUGAAGAAGGACCCCAGCCAGAAGGAGAUGCAGCAGUUCAACACCAUGUACAUGUACCGCCACGAGAACGUCAGCAUCCUCUUCGCAGACAUCGUGGGCUUCACCCAGCUCUCCUCCUCCUGCAGUGCCCAGGAGCUGGUGAAGCUCCUCAACGAGCUCUUCGCCCGCUUUGACAAGCUGGCAGCCAAAUACCACCAGCUGCGCAUCAAGAUCCUGGGCGACUGCUACUACUGCAUCUGCGGGCUGCCCGAGUACCGGGAGGACCACGCCGUCUGCUCCAUUAUGAUGGGGCUGGCCAUGGUGGAGGCCAUCUCCUACGUGCGGGAGAAGACCAAGACGGCGGUGGACAUGCGUGUGGGGGUGCACAGUGGGACGGUGCUGGGGGGCGUGCUGGGCCAGAAGCGCUGGCAGUACGACGUGUGGUCCACCGACGUCACCGUGGCCAACAAGAUGGAGGCUGGGGGCAUCCCCGGGCGGGUGCACAUCUCGCAGAGCACCAUGGACUGCCUGAAGGGCGAGUUCGAGGUGGAGCCGGGUGAAGGUGGCACACGCUGCGAGUACCUGAAGGAGAAGGGCAUCGUCACCUACCUCGUCGUGGUCCCCAAGCAGCCCCUGCGCAACGGCAUCAACGGGGUGAAGCUGUCCCUGACCUCAUCCCAUGGUGGUUCCCCACCCUUGGUCAACACCAAGGAGCGCAACGGCAGCCUCAGCUUGGCCUGCACCAGCCCCGAGGAGCCCGAGGAGACUGAUGCCAGGGUGAGGGGCAUCCUGGAGAACGGGGAGGAGGAUGGAGAGGCGGUGAACCCCUCCUUCCCCAACCCUCGGCGGCGGUUGCGGCUGCGGGACUUGGCCGAGCGGGUGAUCGACGCCUCCCAGAAUGAGCAGGAGCUCAACAAGCUGCUCAACGAAGCCUUGCUGGAGCGCGAGUCUAUCCAGGCGUUGAAGGGGAAGAGCACCUUCCGGCUCUCCAUGCGCUUCAUUGACCCCGAAAUGGAGACACGCUACUCGGUGGAGAAGGAGAAGCAGAGCGGGGCCGCCUUCAGCUGCUCCUGCGUUGUCCUCUUCUUCACCGCCUUGGUGGAGGUCUUCAUCGACCCCUGGUUGGUGGCCAACUACGUGACCUUUGUGGUGGGGGAGAUCCUGCUGCUCAUCCUCACUGUCUGCUCGUUGGCUGCCAUUUUCCCCCGGGUCUUCCCCAAAAAGCUCGUGGCCUUCUCCACCUGGAUCGACAGGACGCGCUGGGCACGGAACACCUGGGCCAUGGCCGCCAUCAUCAUCGUCAUCAUGGCUGACAUCGUGGACAUGCUCAGCUGCCGGCAGGACCACGGUGGGAUGGGCAACGUGACAGUGGGGCCACCAUGGCCGGGUGGCUGCGCAGAGCAGCCCAAGUACUACAGCUACAUCGCCCUGCUGGCCUUGGUGGCCACCAUCAUGCUGGUGCAGGUCAGCCACAUGGUCAAGCUGACUCUCAUGGUGCUGAUCACCGGGGCCACCGGCGCUGUCAACAUCUAUGCCUGGGAUCACAUCUUCGACCAGUACGACCGCCGCCGGCCAGCAAAGCACGUAAGGGGUGGCAAGGGGGUGGGCACGGGGCUGGGGGGCACGGCCGUGCCCACCACCCACCCACACCUCGCUGCCUCUGCCGGCAGGUCCUCGCUGGUCCCCUCCAAGUACUCCAUGACGGCCAUGAUCUUCAUCGUGAUGCUCAGCUUCUACUACUUCUCUCGCCAUGUGGAGAAGCUGGCCAGGACCCUCUUCCUCUGGAAGAUUGAUGUCCAUGACCAGAAGGAGAGGGUCUACGAGAUGCGACGCUGGAAUGAGGCCCUUGUCACCAACAUGCUGCCUGAGCACGUGGCCCGGCACUUCCUGGGCUCCAAGAAGCGGGAUGAGGAGCUGUACAGCCAGUCCUACGAUGAGAUCGGUGUCAUGUUUGCCUCCCUCCCCAACUUUGCCGACUUCUACACGGAGGAGAGCAUCAACAACGGGGGCAUCGAGUGCCUGCGGUUCCUCAACGAGAUCAUCUCUGACUUCGACGCGCUCCUGGAUGAACCCCAGUUCCGGUGCAUCACCAAAAUCAAAACCAUUGGCAGCACCUACAUGGCCGCUUCUGGGGUGACCCCCGAUGCCAACACCAACGGCUACAGUGCCAAGAAGGAGACCCUCUCGGAUAAGGAGCGUUGGCAGCACUUGGCCGACCUGGCCGACUUUGCCUUAGCCAUGAAGGUGACGUUGAUGAACAUCAACUACCAGUCCUUCAACAACUUCAUGCUCCGCAUAGGCAUGAACAAGGGGGCCGUGCUGGCGGGCGUCAUCGGUGCCCGCAAACCACACUAUGACAUCUGGGGCAACACGGUGAACGUGGCCAGCAGGAUGGAGUCCACCGGCGUCAUGGGGAACAUACAGGUGGUGGAGGAGACCCACCUCAUCCUGAAGGAGUACGGCUUCCGCUUCGUGCGCCGGGGAGCCAUCUACGUCAAGGGCAAAGGGGAGCUGCUCACCUUCUUCCUCAAGGGCCGGGAGAAACAGGGCUCCUUCGUCAAUGGCUCCUCCGUCACCCUGCCCCAUCAGGUGGUGGACAGCUCGUGAGGGUCCUGCACCCGCGCCCACCUGCCACCACAGCCACUGCCUCCAGGUGCCGGGGGACACCCAAGGAUGUCCAUCCCACCACCGUCCAGAUCCGCAACCAAACUCAAGAAACCAACCCCUUCACACGAUCUUUUCCGAGCCCCCGCUGGAGGUUUCUGGUUGAUGGGUUCUCCCUCACUCCACGGCAGGAGGGAGACACGAGGGGCCACCUCAGCGGGUUCCUCUGGCCGUUGGAGGAACGGGGACAACACACUUGCCUUUCACUGGGCGUCCCAGGUUUCACCGGGCAAGGAGGAGGGGACAACGGGACAUGGAAGUAGCAUCACAGGGCCACGGCACCGCUGGGCAGGAGGAGAUCCAAACUCAGGGCUGGAGGAGAAGACACCACAUCUCUCCUGCAUGCCAGGAGCGGUGGCUACACCCUGGCACUGACCAGGGUUCCCCACCACGUCCGUUAACUCAUCUUCGUCACAAACUCCCCCAUCGUUUGGAGAUCAGGGAGACGGAGAGGAAGAAGGAAAAGGACCCGAUAUUGUGUAUUUCAGAUAUAUAAAUAUAUAUAAUAUAAAGAGUACAGAUUGACAUUUAUAUUUUUAACUGGGCCCAUUCCCUCCCCUCGGCCGGACGCUGUCACUCGAUGGAGGAGAGGACCCUGGAGGGGACAGGGGGGUGUUAGACCCGGCGCUGCCAGGACCAGGGGGGAGAAGGUUUGGCACCCACAGAGUGUAAUUACGCCGCUAGUUUCUUCUUGAAUAGAAGCAGUUGGAUUUC